AUGUCUCGACAACCAGCUAUAGAUUUACAAAUGUCUUCAAUGAAGAACCCUUCUCCGCUUGCUUCAAGCGCGAACGGAGUAGCAGGUGGAUUUACACCAGGUGGAUUCACACCUGUUUUUGAAACUUCACCUCAAGUGUCACCUGCAAAUUCACGAAGACCUUCAAUUUCAGGUAUAUCGGCUCCUGUUCCUAGAAGAUUAUCUGAAGUAGCUUCCGGUAGACCAUCAUUUUCACAACAAGGAGGUCCUCCACAAAUGCAACAUCAACCAUCAUAUUUCAGCGGUGGUGGUGGUAGUAUUCCUCCUACCCCUGGUGCUGCCGUUGGAGGUGGGGGUGCAUCUCUUUCAAGAAGAUCUUCAAUGGCUUCUGGACCCAGACCUAUACAACGAACAGAAUAUUCAGGUCCAACUACACCUUCAUUACUUUCAAGAGCUGGUUCACCUACACUUCCAUUAGGUAAUGACCACACUCAAGCUCCUAGAGCUUUCUUCGAAGGUUCAGGUGGUUUUAGCGUUCUAGACGGUAAUAGAGAAUUGAAAAGUGGUCAAUUCAUAGGUUCAGUAGAUUGUGGUACAACGUCAACCCGAUUCAUCAUCUUUGACAAACGAGCUAAAAUCAUUGCUGAACACCAGACUGAAUUUGAACAAAUCUUACCUCACGCUGGAUGGCACGAGCAUGAUCCUGAAGCUUUGGUCGACGCAAUGGUGGAAUGUAUCAACAAGGCCGUAGAGAAGUUGGAAUGGAUGGGAUGGUCCAGAAAGAGUAUCAAGGGUAUUGGAAUCACCAAUCAAAGAGAAACUACUGUUUGUUGGUCAAGAACAACUGGUAAACCAUUGUGUAAUGCUAUAGUAUGGGAUGAUUCACGUACUUUGGGUGUUGUAAGAGAGUAUGAAAAGAAAUUAGAAGAAGAAGGUCUAGAUAUUGAUGAAGAAGAAGAGGAUUUGAAAGGCGUUCCAAAAGAUGUCGAAAUUGGUACAGGUGGUGAAGAGGCUGCCUUCGGUGAGAAGGGUGAUGUUGUUGAGGAAUCUGAAGAAGCAGAAGGGUUGGGUGGAAAAGUGAAUCAGAAAUUAGAGAAUCUUGGUUUGGCUGAAAAAGGUUCAGCUAAACAAUUGAAUGGCGAUUCAAAUGUCCAUAAGAAAAGAAAGGGUAAAGAGGGUAUCGUUGAUGUCACCGGUAUUCCCCUAUCUACCUAUUUCUCGGCUAUCAAACUUCGAUGGAUGUUGGAUCACCAAAGACAAGUUCAUGAGGCUCACGAGAAGGACGAUUUGAUGUUUGGUACUGUCGACACUUGGCUUGUCUACGCACUUACCGGUCGACAGAAUGGUGGACUUCACAUUAUGGAUGUUACCAAUGCUUCUCGAACAUUGUUGAUCUCCUUGAAAACUUUACAAUGGCAUCCACCACUUUUGCGGUUCUUUGGAAUCAGACCAUCUGUCUUACCCAAGAUUGUCUCUUCUUCAGAAAUAUACGGUACUAUCAGUGAAUCAGUCGGCACUCCUUUAACUACUGUACCUAUCGCAGGUAUAGUCGGUGAUCAACAAGCUGCUCUAGUAGGAAACAAAUGUCUUAAAAAAGGUGAAGCUAAAUGUACUUAUGGUACUGGUGCCUUCGUGUUAUUCAAUACUGGAGAAGAAUGUGUUAGAUCAGAUUAUGGUUUAAUUUCAACUGUUGCUUUCCAAGCUGGACCAGAUGCUAAACCAGUUUACGCAUUGGAAGGUUCAAUAGCGGUUGCUGGUUCUGCCAUCAAAUGGUUACGAGAUCAAAUGAACUUGAUCGAAGAAUCUUCCGAUAUGGACAUCCUCGCUGGUUCAGUAUCUGAUACGGGAGGUGUCUACUUCGUCACUGCUUUCAGUGGUUUACUUGCUCCAUACUGGGACAGAGAAGCAUCGGGAACUAUCAUUGGCUUAACCUCCUACACCACUUCUGCUCAUAUCGCCAGAGCCACCCUUGAAGCCGUCUGCUAUCAAAGUAGAGCGGUAUUGGAUGUCAUUGAGAAAGAAAGUAAUACCAAAUUGGAGACACUGAAAGUCGAUGGUGGUGUGACUAACUCGGAUUUGGCGAUGCAAUUGCAAGCUAAUAUCGGAGGAUUUAAUGUUGCUCGGCCAGCAAUGAGGGAAUCUACAGCACUAGGAUCAGCUUUACUCGCUGCUAACGCUCUGAAACUAUUCGGAUGGGAUUUGAGCAAACCUGAAACAUUGGCAGAUGUCAACACUGCAGGUGUACAUAUAUUUGAACCUGAAUUAGAAGAAAAAGAAAGAGUUAGAGCCGUAAGAGGAUGGAAUAGAGCGGUUGAUAGAGCUAGGAAAUGGCACGAAGAAGGUGAUGAAGAAGAAGAAGAAGAAAGAUAUGAAGAAGAAAGAGGUUUGAGUAGAUUACCAUCUAGAGAUCACUAG